UUCCGUUGAGCCAAUCAGGACACAGCACAUCGAGUGGCUCGUUUCCAGGCUCUGAAGAGAAGAGAGGAACGAAGUAAGCCAGCGAGGUGUUAACGCUCCAGGUUGCAAGAGCUGUUUGGUUCCUUUUCACUUAGAUCCGCCUAUCAACACGCCCUUUUCCUCGUAAUAAAUAUCGGAGACAAGAACAGCACACAGAGGCUGGUUUUCUGCUGCCUUUUCCCUACUCCUGCCAACUGUACCUCGGAUCAAGGUGCUCACUUUUUCCUUUAUCCUGUUCGAAGACCAUGGAGACAGAAAUUGACCAGCAAGAAGAGACCUCAUUCAGCAACACAGAGACGAAUGGCAAACGCCCUGCUGAGGAUGCAGAUGAGCAGAAAUCAUUCAAACGCUCCAGAAACUCUGAUGAGAUGGUAGAGCUCCGCGUUCUCCUGCAGAGCAAAAAUGCAGGAGCUGUGAUUGGGAAGGGUGGAAAAAACAUCAAAGCCCUUCGUUCAGAUUACAAUGCCAGUGUGUCAGUCCCAGACAGCAGUGGGCCUGAGCGAAUCCUGAGCAUCAGUGCCGACAUAGAGACUAUUGGAGAAAUCGUACUGAAGAUUAUCCCUACUUUGGAAGAAUACCAGCAAUACAAUGGCAAUGACUUUGAUUGCGAGCUCCGUCUGCUGAUCCACCAGAGCCUGGCGGGCUCCAUCAUCGGUGUGAAAGGAGCAAAGAUCAAGGAGCUCCGUGAGAACACAAAGACCAGCAUCAAGCUGUUUCAGGAGUGUUGUCCCCAGUCGACAGACCGUGUGGUGCUGGUUGGUGGUAAAAUGGAGAGGGUGGUGGAGUGUAUUAAGACCAUGCUGGAGCUCAUCUCUGAAGCUCCAAUAAAAGGCCGUACACAGCCCUACGACCCUAACUUCUAUGAUGAAACGUAUGAAUACGGUGGCUUUACCAUUAUGUUCGAGGAGAGGGGGGGUGGCCGCAGGCUCAUGGGAGGCUUCCCCAUGCGCGGAGGCCGGUCCAGCGGUGAUCGUGGGUAUGACAGAAUGCCUUCCAGCAGAGGGGUGCGUGGGCCCUUGCCUCCCUCCCGCCGCGAUUACGACGAUAUCAGCCCCCGCCGGGGUCCUCCUCCGCCCCACCCUAGUAGGGUUGGCAGGGGAAGCGCGCGGCCACGAAACAUGCCAAUGGGUCACCCAUAUAGAGGCAGAGAUGAUCGUUACUAUGACUCUUACCGUGGCUCAGAUGAAAGAUCAAAUGACCGAAGAGGCAGACCGGAUCGCUACAGCGAUAACAUGAGUGGUGGUGGAUAUGAUAACAGUUCUUCAUGGGAUAGCUACCAGUCAGGUGGACGUGGCUCCUACAGUGACAUGGGUGGUCCCGUCAUCACCACACAAGUGACAAUCCCUAAAGACCUGGCUGGAUCCAUCAUCGGUAAGGGAGGCCAGAGGAUCAAACAGAUUCGCCACGAGUCCGGGGCCUCAAUCAAGAUUGAUGAACCUUUGGAGGGUUCAGAGGAUCGCAUCAUUACCAUCACUGGUACCCAGGACCAGAUCCAAAAUGCCCAGUACCUUCUACAGAACAGGAGUAGGCAUGCUUAAUAAAGUGUGAAGCAGUACUCUGGUCAUUUGCUGUAGACCCUCAAGGAGCAGAUCGAAGAAAACUUGGAUUGAACCCCCCUUCCUCUUCUCAAAUCUUUUUGCCCAGGUCCAACACAUCCCCCUUCAGAUCUUUACUCUGGAUUGUGGGUGUCUUUUUUUUAUUUUAUUUUUGUAUUUUUAAUUAAAAAAAUGUCCGACAUUCCUGUGCAUCCACGAAAAUGUAGAAGAUCUGCAUUUUAGUGUAGUCCAAUAGUUUGUCAGGUUAUGCUUUGAUUUUUCUUUUUUGUAACACAUAUAUCACAAUAUCAGAUUUCCCUCAGAAAAAAAUAAACCUAACCUUUAUUUUUGGAUGGACUUGUUUUGUUUUUAUGUAUAAAUGUGGAUCUUUGUGAGUGUGAGCCUGUCGGUGUGUGUGGGUUGGUAUGCUUUCAUUUGUCUCCUACCAAUUUGUGCAACAUACAGAAUGUAAGAUGUUCCUUUUCUUUAACAGCUCUGGGGAAAUAUAACUCUGUAGAAUUGAUUUUUGCAAUGUUUUUGUUGGGAGUUCUGUACAAACAGAAGACAGAACAGAAUAAUUUGUACAAACACUGUAGUGGUGCAACAAAAUAAACCUGAAUUAUUGAAGUAAUUCGAAGUACGCAUUUGUGUUAGUAGUUAAAGAUGUAAGGCAUUUUAUUGGUUAUUGGACACAUACUGAACUUUUCUACUUUGCCUGCAAGUUCCUCUGCUCUAACUUGUUCACUCUUCAUUGUUUUGAACUUCUCAAUGUCAAAUUUAAAGAGAAAUAAAGAUGCCACUUUUUACUGAA